UGGAGCUAAAACACUGCCGCCACCAUCGGUCAACCGUCGACCAUGGUCCAGUCUCAAACCACCAACAGCAAAGCGACACCAACAGAGAGGUUGAGACUCUACUAGCUAGUAGAACCAGCAGCAGUAUUCAAUUAAACUGAACUAAAAGAAACACAAUGGCGACGUCUAAAUUCCAGAAAGGACCCGAUCUCAAGCGUUUCAUGGACAAACGACUGAAGGUUCUGUUGAAUGGCAAUCGAAGAUUAAUUGGUGUACUUCGUGGCUACGAUGCCUUUCUCAAUGUCGUGCUGGAAGAAACGGAAAAUGAAUCGCAAGAGUACUUGGGGCAGAUUGUCGUUCGAGGGAACAGCAUUGUCCAGUUCGAGGCUUUGGAGCGUGUUCAGGCUUAAAUAAUCGAAUGAAUGGUAUACUAUCUAGUGGUUGGUUGGUUGGUUAGAAGAAGCGAGAGAUGGAAAAAAAAUCGUGGCAAUUGUGUAUCGCGGUAUUCAUCAAAUGAUCCAUCACACGACAAUUGAGCCACGGCAACUCUAUUUACGCGGCAUCAAGACAAAUGGUCUGGGCGAGUCUAUUGCGAACGGACAACCAUAGAAAGUAUCUCCCUUAGGGUUUUCCCAAAUCAUCAAUUAUUUGCCAUGGCUGGAUAAUGUUUGGGGUACCUUCACCGUAGAGUAUAGAAUUGGAUAUUCUAAAGACUCUCUACCUUGG